AUGAAUCGUGAGAAACUAAGGAGUGGUCUUCCAGAAGACCAAGCAGUAUAUCAGAAUCUACUAUUUAAAAAAAAAGAAGAGGAUUUUAAUUGCGUAGAUGAAUAUGGCAUUGACGACACUUUGGAAAUCAAGGAAGAAAUUAUCGAUGAUCCAGAGACUGCAAUUCGUAAAUGUACUGAAAAAUAUGAGCCAAGAUUAUGCGUAUAUAUAAGGAACGAUAUUUUUCCUAUUAACGAACUUCCGAUCCGUAAGGAAAAGAAUAUUCAGGAAUCACAGCUGGAACUGGACAGGAAAGAAAUCAAAAGUAUUUGGGACAAAACAAGAAUAAUACCUUCACGUGAAUAUCAAUACCCGAAGAACAGGUUUAGAACAAUUUUAGAAAACCAACAAAAUCUACUGUCUCAAAAGAAAGAAACGGAUUUAACUAACUGUACUGUAAUUGAAUAUAGCAGUGACGAAACUUUGGAAAUUAAGGAAGAAAUUAUAGAUGAUCACGACAUUACAGAUCAAAAAUAUAACAAAAAAGAUGAUUCACAAUUGUUUACCGUAGGUAUAGAAAAACCCUAUAAUUCUGUUCUUGAAAACACACUGCCGUGGCAAAGAAGAGACAAACGUCAGGAAUCGGAACAGGAAUAGGAAAAUAAGUACGCAUGCGAAAAGUGUUUCCGCAGCUAUAAGUGGAAAGGGAAUUUGUGUACUCAUAAAAAAUUCGAGUGCUACGUCAUUCGAAAGUUCAAAAGUAAAUAUUGCGAUAAAUGAUUUAAACAGAAAUGUCAGGUAAAUGCACAUCUGAAACGCGCACAUCACAAGCAAAACUCAAAUACUUCGGUAUCGAAGCAUAAAUGUGACAAAUGUUCUCGAAGUUAUACAUGGUUUCACGCCUCAAAUCGACAUAAACGUUUUAACCACACAGCAGUCAAACCGCAAUUUAUUUGCGAUUUUUGCGGGUAUAAAGCUAAUCAGAAAAGUAACUUGUCAACACACAUCACUUUGCGGCACUCACAAACAUCGCAAAUAAGACAUAAAUGCGACGAAUGUUCUCGCAGUUAUGCUGGGCUGAGUUCUUUGUGUAAUCAUAAACGCAUAAAACACAUAGCAGACAAACCGCAAUUUAUUUGCGAUUUUUGUGGACACAAAGCGGAUCAGGCAAGUAACUUGUUAAUGCACAUGAUUUUGCGUCACUCAAAAACUUCAAACGCAACGCAUAAAUGUGACCAAUAUUCUUGCAGUUAUGUUUUGAUCAGUUGUUUAAAGAAUCAUGAACGCAUAAAACACACGGAAGAGAAACCAAAAUUUAUCUGUGAUUUUUGCGUAUAUUAAGCGAAUCGAAAAAUUACAUUGGAAGCACACAUUACUUCACAGCACUCACAGACAUCGCAAACAAGGCAUAAAUGCGACCAAUGUUCUCGGAGUUAUAUUACGCUCGGUUCUUUAAACAGGCAUACAUUUUUUAUACACAGAGCAGACAAACCACAAGCUUCUGGCGAUUUUGGUGGACAUACAGCAAAUCAAAAAAAUGAUUUAUCAACACACAUUACUUUACAGCAGUCACAGACAUCGAAAACAAGGCAUAAAUGUAACGAAUGCUCUCGAAGUUACACUUGAUUUCAAGAUUUAACUAGACAUAAACGUUUUAAACACGCAUCAGUUACACCAAAAUUUAGUUGCGAUUUUUGUGGAUUUAACACGGAUCAGAAAAAUAGCUUGUUAAGACACAUAAUUUUACAGUACUUACAGGAAUCGAACAGAUUGUAUAAAUGUGACCAAUGUUCUCGCGUUUAUGUUACGAUCAGUGCUUUAGGUUUCUAAUAUUGUUUGAAAAAACUCAUUAUUUUACAGCAUUUCAAGUAAUUCAGUACUAAAUUGAGAAAAAUAUUUUUUGCAAUACAUAAAAUUUAUUGUAUAUCGUGAAUUACUUUUUUGAAAAUCGCUACUUAGUACUCAAAUUCACUUGUUGAAGGUUCCAAAAAAAUAAAUUUACUGUUCAUCCAUAUAGACAUAAAUACAAGUUAUACUCACAAGAGGUGUGCGCGAUUUACGAGAAAAGGAGUAUAAAUAAAUCCGCUUAAAAUAAAAUG